CAGUCGUCUUUGUAUGUGCCAAAAGGUGAAGUGUCAGCUGUAUUUCAAAAUAAUAAUAAACUCCAGAAAUACCGUUUUGUGACUAAAUUAUAUAUUAGUGCUUUAGUAUAUAGUGUACUCAAUAUUCUAUACUGUUUUAGUAGAACUAUUAAGAAGUAUUACUACAAAGGUACUUAAAAAAGAUAAUCAAACGUGAAGUAUUUAUUGCGUAUAUUUUAGAAAAAUGGACGAACGAAUGAAGCACAGGCUAACAAUCACGUAAACAAAAGAAUCAAGAAUCAUUUUAAGUAAACAAAAUCUCUACUAAGGAUAAAUGAAUGAAGAAUUUAGAUAUAUUUAAAUUGAAUUUAUAAAAUUAUUUGUACAAUAUGCCGGCCAUAUUGACAAAGAUACGGGAGCAGGCGUUUCGAGUGCAGCCCAGCAUUGCCGUAGGGGUAGGCGUGGGCGUGGCUCUCGCCGCGUGCGCUGUCUACGCCAGGGAAAAGAAACAACCCCCACCCUGUCAUAACAACAAUAACUAUAAGGUGGUAAAGAAUGGGACACUACAAGCAAUGCAGAACGGGGGUGGAGAGGGUCAGGAGUGCGGGCGCUGCGGGGAGGAGCAAUGCGCCCUUUGUCGGGGGGAUGCUGACACUGACAACAAGCAGAACAUCGCGGAGGCAGACGAAGCCCCAACUCCUGAGGAACACGUGCCUGGCCUAAACUUAGAAUUCCUACGACAACUGCUGUCUCUAGUGAGGAUCAUGGUACCUGGUCUGCGCAGCCAGGAGGUGGCGUUGCUAGCAGCUCAUACGUUGUGCUUGUUCUCUAGGACCUUCCUCUCGAUAUAUGUCGCAUCACUGGAAGGGUCUAUUGUAAAACACAUAGUACAAAAAGACCUGCGUCACUUCACGUCACUUCUGGUACAAUGGUUCGGUAUCGCUGUACCAGCGACAUUCGUCAACUCGAUGAUCCGCUACUUGGAGGGUCGUCUCGCGCUCGCGUUCCGUACUCGUCUCGUCAACCACGCGUACGAAUUGUAUUUCAAGAAUCAAACUUAUUAUAGAGUUGCCAAUCUUGAUGCCAGGAUAGAGAACGCUGAUCAUAGGCUGACUGAGGACGUGUCCGUGUUCACGCAGUCGGUGGCGCACCUGUACAGCUCGCUUACGAAGCCCUGCUUCGAUCUGCUGCUGAUUGUCCUCACCCUCGCUACGUACUCCAAUAAGAUGAAGGGCAACAUCUUCAUAGGUCCAGGUAUAGCGACGGUGGUGAUCUGUCUCACUGGGCAGCUGCUGCGGCUGCUCAGUCCGCGCUUCGGUGCGCUGGCGGGCGAGGAGGCCCGCAUGCGGGCUAACCUGCGCCACGCCCACAGUCGCCUCAUCACGCACGCGGAGGAAGUCGCCUUCUAUGGCGGACAUAAGGUGGAGCUAGGCCAGCUGCAGAGCGCGUACAAGGAGCUGGUGGUCCAAAUGACGACGGUCUUCAACAAGAAGCUGUGGUACGUGAUGCUGGAGCAGUUCUGCAUGAAGUACGUGUGGUCUGGUACUGGAAUGGUCAUGUUGGCGCUGCCUAUCCUCACUGGCAGGCGGAGUGAUGAGAGCAACGACGAGGGCAUCAGCGCCCGCACGGAGUAUAUGACGACGUCCCGGAAUCUGCUGAACUCCGCCGCUGAUGCUAUCGAGAGACUCAUGUCCAGUUACAAGGAGGUGGUGACGCUGGCCGGGUACGCGACGCGCGUGUCCGACAUGCUGGUGGUGUUCGGGGAGGUGGCGCGCGGGCGCUGCGUGCGCGCGGUGCACGCCGCCCCCACGCACCCCGGCUUCCAGGUCACCUUCCGCGAGCGCCAGCCCGUGCCGCUAGGUAAGAUAUCGUACACCAGCGACCUGUCGAUCCGGCUCACGAACGUGCCGAUAGUGACGCCGACGUGCGACGUGGUGGCCAGCGGCGUGUCGCUGCAGCUGGCGCCCGGCACGCACCUGCUCAUCGUCGGCCCCAACGGCUGCGGCAAGUCCAGUUUAUUCCGCAUAAUAUCUGGCUUGUGGCCGGUGUUCGGCGGCGAGCUGGCGGUGCCGCGGCCGUGCGCGUGCGCGCACUGCGCCGGCGAGCCCGCCGCGCCGCCGCACUGCGCCUCCAGGCCAGUCAUGUUCUACAUACCGCAGAGGCCGUACAUGUCGGUGGGGUCGCUGCUGGACCAGGUGACGUACCCGGCGCGCGUGGAGGCGCAGGGGGCGGCGGCGGCGGAGGCGGAGGCGCGCGCGGCGCACAUCCUGCGCGUGGUGCGGCUGGAGGCGUGCGCGGCGCGCCUGGGCGGGCUGCGCGCCUCCGCCGACUGGCGCGCCACGCUCUCCGGCGGGGAGAAGCAGCGCCUCGCCAUGGCCAGGAUGUUCUACCACAGGCCGGUGUACGCGCUGCUGGACGAGUGCACGAGCGCGGUGUCGCUGGAGACGGAGCUGGUGAUGUACGCGGAGGCGGUGCGCUGCGGCAUCACCCUGCUCUCCAUCACACACCGCCCCAGCGUCUGGAAAUACCACACCCACGUGUUAGAGUUCGACGGCGUAGGGAACUGGUCAUUCCGUACUCUGGACAAAGACGCGCCUGUCCCCUCCCCUGGGCCCCCCUCCAUCACCUCCGAGACUACCCCCAGCCCGCCUGACAGUGGAGGGGAACAAUAACAAGAUAUAAACAUGUAAUUAAAUUUGCAGAGACUUAUUUGUCUUAUAGAUUCUUCUGUUUGUCGAUAAAUAUGUGAUUUUUAUAUAAAUUAGGUAUUUUUAGUGUUUAUUCAAGACACGAUCUAGGAAAUUUUAGUUAAGUUUUACUUUUAUAAAGUAAUUUUAAAUUUGUUCAGAAUUAAAUUCAACGAACAUAGUUACCAAAAGGUAUAUAACAGUUUUAAUCUUAUGGUAUUGUAAAUAAGGUUUAAAAUAAAUCGUAACUAAGGAUAAUAUACGUGCACUUUUAAUAAUUCUUAUUAAAAUAUUUGUAGUUUUCGAGUAACUCCAAUGGACCACAGAUUAUGUAAUUUUUCUUAAUAUAAACGGGUUUUUAAUCGUAAUUCAAAAUUAAUUUGUGUGUAUUCUACAUUAAGGUUAGAAUUUUAAAAAUAGAAUAUUGCCAGAUUAACAACUGUCAAGUUCAGAGGCUGUCAUUUCGUAAGGGAUAUGUCAUUCUGACAGUUUAGGUUAUUUUUUGACAGUUUUUUUUUAGUAUUUUGCGUAAAAACGAUUUUUGAGAUUUGUAUGUCGUAUACCAGUUAUUUAGUUUUGUAAAGAUACGUUUCUUAUGUGAUAUUUCAUUGUACUUGAUUGUGUGUGUAUAAUCAUUUUUAGUUACUUUAAGGUUAAAUGAAAUUUUUAAAGGCGCCUAGUUUACACAUGCAAAGUUUUUUGUACUUGUUUAAAAAUGCAAAUUUAUAAGUUAACUGCAAGUGUUUUUUUUAUAAUUAUGAACUUACUGACCUUGCUACAAAUCUAAUUUUACCGUUUGAUACUUUUUUUUU